GUUUUUUCCACGCUUCUCUUCUUAUAAAAGGAUUACCUACUACUCCACUCUUCUCUGCGCCCUUUUAUUUUCAUCACUCACUCACCUCCUCCCUCCGUCUCUCUGUAUCUUCCUCCUCCGUCGACCAUGUCUCUCCUCAACGAUCUGAUCAACCUAAACCUCAGCGAAACAACUGAGAAGAUCAUAGCAGAGUACAUAUGGAUUGGUGGGUCCGGAAUGGAUUUGAGAAGCAAAGCCAGAACUUUGUCGGGGCCGGUAACUGACCCACAAAAACUACCCAAGUGGAACUACGACGGAUCGAGCACCGGACAAGCUCCUGGGGAGGACAGUGAAGUGAUCCUGUAUCCUCAGGCGAUCUUCAGGGAUCCAUUCAGGAGAGGAAACAAUAUUCUGGUUAUGUGCGAUGCCUACACGCCAGCUGGUGAACCGAUCCCUACAAACAAGAGAUAUAAUGCGGCCAAGAUCUUCAGCCACCCCGAUGUUUCUGCCGAGGAGCCCUGGUAUGGAAUUGAGCAGGAGUAUACUCUUCUUCAAAAGGAUGUCCACUGGCCCAUUGGAUGGCCUGUUGGUGGCUUCCCUGGCCCACAGGGACCAUACUACUGUGGUGCGGGAGCUGACAAGGCAUUUGGGCGAGAUAUUGUAGAUUCUCACUACAAAGCUUGCCUUUAUGCUGGAAUAAACAUCAGUGGGAUCAAUGGAGAAGUUAUGCCCGGCCAGUGGGAAUUCCAAGUAGGCCCUGCUGUUGGUAUUUCUGCUGGUGAUGAAUUAUGGGUGGCUCGUUAUAUUCUCGAGAGGAUUACAGAGAUAGCAGGAGUUGUUCUUUCAUUUGACCCCAAACCAAUUAAGGGUGACUGGAAUGGUGCUGGUGCUCACACAAACUAUAGCACCAAGUCCAUGAGGAAUGAUGGCGGGAUUGAUGUGAUCAAGAAGGCAAUUGAGAAGCUCGGUUUAAGGCACAAAGAGCAUAUUGCAGGUUAUGGGGAGGGUAAUGAGAGAAGGUUGACAGGUCGCCAUGAGACUGCUGACAUCAACACAUUCUCUUGGGGUGUUGCAAAUAGGGGUGCCUCUAUCCGUGUUGGCCGGGAUACUGAAAAAGCCGGCAAAGGAUACUUCGAAGACAGAAGGCCAGCAUCGAACAUGGAUCCUUAUGUUGUCACCUCCAUGAUCGCAGAAACUACCAUUCUCUGGAAUCCAUAGGAAAGUAGGAAGAUUUAGAAAGGGAGAGGAUUAAUAAUGAAUAUAUGAGUGUUAUGCUCCCUUUAGAUCUCUCUUUUGUAUUGUGCAACCCUGUUUGGGUUGUUUCCAUUUACCGGUCAUGUCUUAUUAGCUUUGUGAGAUGUUUCUCUUAUUGGUGUUUGAUUGUUUGAGGAGUAAAAUAAGUCCUUAUAAAUAAAUGGUUGUUGGAAA